AUUGCAGAUGAAUUAAUUCUGACAAUACUUAAAACGUGUGAAAACCAUUAUGAAGCAUGCGAAUUAGUCAAGUCAGAAUCUAAUCAGUUACCUAAAGUAAAGGAAAUGAUAGAAGAGAUGGCAGUUUCUGCAGAGAAAAUGAUUGACGAUUUUGCAAAAGGCAACGAAGAGUUAGAAUUCGAAGAAUGGAAGCAACAACAAGCCCUUUUGUUUAACCAACAUGUCAAUGAAAAAAAAGUGCUUUAUCGACAACAUUAUGAAGAGUUCAUGGCCAAUCAUCAGGUUCAGAGGAUACAGCUUUACCAAGCUAAUUUUGAAGCGCAAAUGGAAGAUUAUCGAAAUCGAAUAAUAGAUCCUUCUAUGUUUAAUG